CCACUUUCAAUCAUUCAAGCUGUGCCUUCCUUCUUUCGCCAAACCGAGAACUCAAAUACAAUCACACCUGGAAAAUGGAAAAGCUUCUUCUUCCUCUCCUCUUGUUCUUCUCAAUCCUGCUUUCCCCUGCAGCUUACACUCCCCCAGAUCACUUCUUCAUCAACUGUGGCUCAGAUACAAACGCAAUCGUCAGCGGCAACCCCAACCGGACCUUUAUCGGGGAUUCGGUCUCUUCAGGUUCCUUGUCUUUUUCCAAAGAGGGAAGCUAUGUUACAACCAACAACCAGACAUCAGAAGUUCUGUACCAAACAGCACGAAUUUUCAAGCAGCAGUCUUCCUAUGAGUUUGACAUCGACGCUGGGGGGACUUAUCUGGUACGUCUUCAUUUCUUCAAUUCAACUAAUGUCUCCACGGCUGUUUUUGAUGUUUCGGCUGCUCGAUUUUCUCUUUUGAAAAAUUUCACCAUUCUAAGAAGCAGUACCAACGAUAGCAAUUCUCCUCUCAUAGACGAAUUCCUCGUAAGCAUCACUCAAGGAAAAUUUUCAAUCCACUUUACCCCUCUAGGAUCCUCUUUCGCCUUCAUAAACGCCAUAGAAGUCUUCCUUGCCCCAGAAAAUUUCAUCCCUGACACGGCUCCAACAUCACCUAGUAACAAUCACGGUGGUAUACUCUCCCACGCUUUACAGACAAUUUACAGAAUCAAUGUUGGGGGAGCAAAAGUAACACCAGAGAAUGAUACCUUAUGGAGGACAUGGAUACCUGAUGACGGUUUUUUAUAUAAUCCGAAAAUGGCAAAGAAUAGCACACCUUUUUCAGGUAGUCUUAAGUAUCAAGGAAAUGUUACUGAUUUUAUUGCACCUUAUCCGGUGUACCGAACUGCCAAAGAGAUGAACAUAGAUAGUAGUAGGUUGUCAAAUACAUUCAAUGUGACGUGGUGCUUUAAUGUGUCUAAGAAUUCUAGGCAUUUUGUUCGGGUUCAUUUCUGUAACAUUGUUGGUAAGACAGAUGGUAACAUUAUAUUCAAAUUGUACCUAAAUGGCAUCUACCCUCGGAAAAUCAAUCCCUAUGACAUGGCAGGCACCUUGGACACGCCGUUUUUCUUAGAUUUUGUACUUGAUUCUGAUGAGUCUGGUGCUAUGAAUAUAAGCAUUGGUCCCUCAGAAGACUCUCCGGAGCAAAAAACUGCGUUUUUGAAUGGAGUGGAGAUAAUGGAGAUUAUGGGGGAAUCAAGUGUUAUCAAGCCGGAUAAAAGUAAGAAAACUGUCUUCCUUGUGGUCGGUCCUGUUGUUGGGGGUCUUCUUGUUUGCACCUUGGCAGUUGGGUUGUUUAUCGUUUUGAAGAAGAGGAAGAGAACACCGGUUGAAACUUCAGUUUGGUCUCCGUUGAGUGUACAAGGCGGCGGAAGUUCCCAUAGCAAGGGGAUUGACAGAACCAUCAAUUUCUCCCCUGUCCCAAAUUUGAACCUUGCCUUGAGAAUUCCAUUCGCUGAAAUUCAGUUUGCUACAAACAAUUUUGAUGAGAAGCUGCUGAUUGGAAAGGGUGGAUUUGGAAAUGUUUACCGAGGAAACCUCAAAAAUGGCUUGAAAGUUGCUGUGAAACGGGGUCAACCAGGGUCCGGCCAAGGGUUGCCGGAAUUUCAGACGGAAAUCAUGAUCCUGUCCAAAAUCCGCCAUCGCCAUCUUGUUUCCCUGAUAGGAUACUGUGAUGAAAGGUUUGAGAUGAUACUGGUUUAUGAAUUCAUGGAGAAGGGGACAUUGCGGGACCAUCUAUACAACAGAAACCUACCCUGUUUGCCCUGGAAACAGAGGCUUCAAAUCUGUAUCGGUGCAGCCAGAGGCCUUCAUUACCUCCACAAGGGUUCUACCGGAGGAAUCAUCCAUCGUGAUAUCAAACCGACAAACAUCCUGCUUGAUGAAAACCUCAUCGCCAAAGUUGCAGAUUUUGGGCUCUCCAAGUUAGCUCCAAUGGACCAAACCUAUGUAAGCACAGGGAUCAAAGGCACAUUUGGUUACCUUGAUCCUGAGUACUUCAAGACACAACAAUUAACUGAGAAAUCCGAUGUUUACUCCUUCGGUGUCGUACUUCUUGAGGUGCUCUGUGCAAGACCGGCUAUAAGUAGAGAUCCUCAGCUUCCAAGGGAACAAGUGAAUUUAGCGGAAUGGGGACUUCUCUGCCACCAAAAAGGGUUGCUUGACACGAUCAUAGAUCCAUCAAUAAAGAGUCAGAUCAGUCCCAACUCACUAAGGAAAUUUGCGGAGACAGCUGAGAAAUGUCUACAGGAAGAUGGUGCGGAUCGACCUAGCAUGGGCGACGUGCUAUGGGACUUGGAGUAUGCUUUACAGCUCCAGCAAACUGCAGUGCACAGAGAGCCCCACGAGGACAGCACCACUGAUGCUAACUCCGGUUUACAAAUGAUUCACGUCCAGCGACUCCCUUCACUUAGCCUGCAAGUUGAGAAAGACGACAUGCCCAUUUUGGGGGACAGCACAACAGAUGAGUCUUUGUUAUCGACCAGUGAAGUUUUUUCACAACUGAGAAUCAACGAUGCAAGAUAAGGCUUUUAAUUCUCUGUAGCCUAUGUGUGUUAAGUAAUAUAUGUAAUUUUAAUUAGCGCCCUACUUUCUAUUAAGAAUUGCCAAGCUUUGGUAAGUGUAAAUAUAGUGUGGAAUUUGAAUGUUCAAUGCACUAAAUGUUUGUGUAAUAU